UCAUUUUUCAUCCAGCAUCCCGAUUCCUGCUCCUGCAUCAGUCCAGACACUCCAGUUUCUGUUUGCCUCGCUUUUUAUUUCUUUUCUGCAUUAGUUUUGUAAAUUGUAGGAAUCGAGAAUUUUCGGGUGCAGGAAAUGGGGCAUGCAGAAGUCUGAUCAUUUGGAAUUGAUGUCAAUACAACCUUAAGAUGGCAGCCGUAUCCCAAUUCUUAGAGUUUACUCCCCCACCAAGGCCAAACAAGACAAAAGGUCACCCAGAAGAUGAGACUCCAUUGGUCCUUGUUCUGGCACCAUUCAACCCACCUGCUAAAAUUUUCUUUGAGGAGACCAAACUUACCGAAACGAGAACAAAAUCUGUCAUCAUUCGAAAUCCUGGAGCUGUACCGUUACAUAUCAUUCUUGACAAACUCCCAGAGCCAGACGCAGGCCUGAUCUUGAGUGAAUCGAUUUUCACGGUACCAGCAUGUGCUCAAGAAACAUUAAUUUUAACAUGGCAGCCAGUUAAAUCAGAUGGAUUCCGCCAUGUGGUGCAUGUGAAGGAUGCGAAAAAGAAUAAAAAAAUCUCAGAAAUAAUUGUGACUGGGACGUGUGUGUCGCCAAUCAAGAAAAAAGGUCGUGUUGGCAAAAAACUAGCAUCUCUACGCACAAAAGUCCUGUCGAACCGUGUGGUUGUAACUUCACCAAAAAUAGCAGCACCAAAGCAGCGUAUGCCGCUACGCAACAAAGAACAGAUCAAUGCUGUGUCAAAUGAAAACACGUUCCUAGUGGCAGAAAAGCGACCGCACACUGCAGAAGACAAAGAAAAUGCACCCAGCCCAAAGAAGAAACCAGCAAAGCAGUCAGCAGGUUGUCGUCAAACCUUCCUUGGGCCACCCCCAACUUUUGAUUCACACCGCAAACGCAAGGCGCCUGUAAUGGAGGGUCCGCUUGAAGUCGCUAUGUGUCUCAAAGAACAGGAGCCGCAACAGGAACCAUCUCGUCGCUCAAUGCGGCGAUCUACAUAUUCUCUUAAUUCGCCUGGAAGCAAUAGUCUCCUGACGGUUGCUCAAGCCUCAGAGCAGCGGUCCAACUCUCCUCAACAGUAUCAGCAUAUUAUAUCUCAACCAGCUCAGUUACUGGAAAAUAGAAAAGAUAGAAUUUCAAUUGAUAGUCUAGAAAUUGGUACAUCCAUCAUAUCAGAUGAUGUCUUCUCAUUCCGUGACUCACUGGAUAGCAAUCCUGAUGCAAACAGGUCAAUUGAUCGAGAUUCACUAGAUGCUGUUGUUGCCCCGUCAGCCUGUGACAGGUCUCUGCGGAGCAGGAACCGCUCUGUCACAGGGGAUGCCUCUAAAUCAAACAUCGUCAGUCCAACUUAUGCAGAUUUUACAAUUUUAGCCGCUAAAGGAAAAAGUCUUGAAAAUUCUAUCAAUUCAAAAGACCUUGAUUUUACUCGAAAAAACUCCACCUCCAUAGAAACUUUAGAACCCUGUGCCAAAAGUUCUCCUCUUCUAAGCCAUGCAGACCGACUUUCCAUUGAGAGUAGCCAUGAAAGAUGGGUCAGUCCAGGAAACAAAGGCUUCAGUGCACUUCCACCAUUACAAUUUUCACCAAGUUUCGAUAUGAAACGUUGUACAUAUGUUAUGCCCCCGAAAGAAAUUGAGACAAAAGUACAUAAUUUGUCCUACACGAUUAUAGAUGAAAGUAAUGAAGAGCUCAGUGAUCUGCACUUGAAAACACCAGUACUCAGCACGCCAAUGCAGAGAAAAGGUGAGGAUGUUAUGAUAACACUUCAGCAACCAGCAGAGGUUAAUUCCUCAAGUCCUAUGCAUGGAUACAAUCUCAGAGAAUCGGAAGGAAAAACCCCAGACAAGAAGGGGGUUCUUGAUAAGUCGAGGGAUCAUUUCUUUGAGACAUUAGAAGUGUGUAGCCCAGAUAAUUUCAAACUGAAAACGCCUCAGCUGAAUACACCUGUUAGUGCAAGGAUUCAAGAAUUAGAAGCCAAAACUGUAUUCGACUCAGACAUUAAAGUUCGUAAAAGCCUGCAAAAUAGUCUAAAAACACCUCAAUUGAGGACACCUUGCAGUGGUAGAAAAAAGUGGAGUGCUAACUUCAACAAAGAACCAAUAAAAACACCAGGAACACCUGAGUGGGUUAAAGUCUAUACAGAUGUAACAGUUUCCCAAAAUUGUUCUGGCCCUUCAACAGAAAAUUUGGAUGCUCUGAGUCCCAGCGCUUUCAAACUCAACACACCACAGAUAGAGACGCCUAGAAGUAAAAAGGCCAGCGAAUCUACCUCCACUGGAAGUCAUCUUACUUUAAAAACUCCACAACUAAGAACUCCGCGAAGUAACAGGAAAAGCCUAGUCAAAGAAAUCGUAGAUAAUUUCAGUCUUUAUGAGCUGCAAGAAUCCCCAUUCAGUAGUUCUAAAUCUCUUCUUUCAAAGGUUAAGACUCAAGAAAAGCCUGUAAUUCUGGAAAUUUCUCCCCCGAAAAAAUCUAAAAUGGACCCGCAAUUGUCGGAUGAGCCCAAAAAGCAGCAGUGCUAUCCUACUCGAGUUGUAGCAAAAAGUAUUACCGCUAGACAAGUCAUGUCACCAACAACCCGUCUCAAGCGGCUUGUCGCAGCACACAAAUCUGCAACGCCUAAGGCAAAAAUCGCCGAGCCAAAACCUGCGCCCUCCAAACGACCCUCACAACAGUUGAAACCAGCUGCAAAACCAGCGCAGAGAUACACUGGUGUUCCUAUGGCCACUCUUAAACUCAAACCUCAGGGACGUAAAGCUGAGCAAAGUCAGUCUCAGGCCACUAAGGAUACUGUUUUCAAAAAACCUGUCGAAAAGAAUCUGAAUUCUGCACCACGGCUCACGCGUUCUGCAACACUGUCUUCUUUGAAAAAACCCGUGAAAACUCCUCCUGAAAAUUUAAAGAAUAAAAAAGAAUUAGAGCAGAAAAUGACCCGUUCUGUAUCUGCAUCUUCUAUGAAAAACUCUGCAAACAAGAUGCAAGCAGCAAAUGAGAAAAUUUCUCGUUCUGCAUCUACCUCAUCGCUAAGAGCACCUUCAGAUCAGACACCCUCAAAAAAACUAAUGGGAGAACAACAGCCCCAACUUGGGUCCUCUGCAUCAUUGAAAAACGCUUAUCUUUCUAACCCUGACCAGUACCUGAAAUCACUAUCGCAACCUGCAGAUUAUCUCUUUCUCUAUGCAGCAACAUCUAAAGUUGAUCCAUUCUUGACGAACUCACUCUACUACGACCCAGAGUGGCUGGACCGGCAGGAAGCGGACUUAAUUAAAUGGCUGAACUCAUUGCUGACCCCGCCAGCAGAGCUCGACUCUGAUUCUGGAGGUCAUUGGCGGGUUGAUGUUGCAGCCUUGUGGAAAAAAUCACAAUCACAGAAACUAGAACUUGCCCCAUCAAAGGAGGCUGUUUCCUCCAGGUAUCUAACAAACACAAGAUUAGACGUUGUUCGAAAGGCUGCAACCACACUUUUCCGCACAGAUAUGGCUGUGGUGCUGUCAAAACUGGCUGUAUCAAUCAAUAAAAAGCUUCUGCGCAUACGCGAUGACCGCGAUCUGCACCUAGAUUAUGGGCUUCAGUGCAAGGUCUUGAGUUUGUUAUUGUGUUAUAAUCCACUUUGGCUGCGUAUAGGUCUAGAAACAAUUUUUGGUUGCCGCAUUGCCUUGGUGUCAAACUCAGAUAUUGUAGGGCUAACUGCAUUCAUACGUAAGCGAUUGCUGACUGAUGCUUAUUUGCGGAAGAAGCAUUCGCAUCCUUUACUACCCAGCUCAUUUUUGCCAUCUUUUGGAGAUGAGAUGAAGAAAUUCAUAAUGCAAAAGUUUUUGAUGCUAGUCUACUUCCUUGAUCAAGCCAAGAUGCAAAAACUAGUGGGACAUGAUCCCUGCCUGUUUGUCACAAAUUCGCCCUUUAAGGAGUCAAGCGACUUGGUAAAAGAGUUCGCUAAAGACCUGAUUUCAGGUCUCGGAGAUAUCACCAAGUAUUUAAAGUCAUUUGGUUAUGUGCUACAACACAAGCAGACAUAUUUGGAUGAGUUCAACUAUGCAGUAGUCGACCGCCAAGACCUCCGGGACGGUGUGCGUUUGACACGAGUAAUGGAAAUCAUUUUGGGUAACCAUGGUUUGUCGGCCAAGGUUAGAACACCUGCAAUUUCACGCUUGCAAAAGGUUCACAAUGUUGAUGUAGCUUUAAAAGCACUGAAAGGUGCAGGCUAUGAGAUACAAGGUGAUAUUACAUCCAAGGACAUCGUGGAUGGACACAGAGAAAAAACCUUGUCAUUGCUGUGGCAAAUAAUCUACAAAUUCCAAGCUCCUAGGUACGAAAAAGCUGCCAGAAAACUCCAAAAUUGGUGGCGUUCAAAUUCGUUGCGUUUUACAAUCCAGAGAAGGAUUCGAGCAAAACGGCUUGCAAAGCAAAAUGCUGCAGCUAGCAAAAUUCAGGCAUUAUGGCGAGGCGUCAGUUUGAGAAUCAAAUUUGCGACAAUUCGCAAACAGUUGAUACAAGAACGGGUAGAAAGAACAAAAGCUGCUGUGGUGAUACAGAAACACUGGCGAAGAUAUUUCUUGCAGAGAGCCUAUCAGCAAAAGUUAGAGGUAUUACGUAAAAAAAGAGACACGGCAGCAGUUGUUGUACAGAAGCACUGGCGGAGGUAUGUUGUGCAGAAUAAGUUUAGAGAAUUAAUACGCAUUGAGCGCGAACGCAGGCAUGAAGCAGCAGUUGUGUUGCAGAAACAUUGGCGAAGACAUCUUGCUGAGAAACAGUAUCAGAAGUUACUACAAAUAGAAUGGGAAAAGAAGAAUAAAGCUGCAGUUGUUUUGCAGAAACACUGGAAGAGGUAUGUUGCCCAGAGGGGUUAUCAUGAAAAAUUAGUAGCCUUACAAGAACUCAGGAGGAUAGCAGCAGAACAAGAAAAGAAAAAUAUAGCUGCAGUGACCUUGCAAAAACAUUGGAAAAGGUAUAUUGCUCAAAAGAAGUAUCAAGAACAGCUCACUGCACUUAGAAGAAAAAAGGCUGCAAUUGUUCUUCAGAAACACUGCCGAAGGUAUAUUGCUCAAAAAAGGUAUCAGAAACUGUUGGCCGAAAAUCUCAGAAGAAAGAAUGAUGCUGCAAUUGUCUUACAAAAACAUUGGAGACGGUAUGAAGCUCGCAAGAGUUAUCUAAAAUUGCUUUCAAGCAUCAAAGAGAAGAGAAAUCGAGCUGCAAUUGUACUUCAAAAGCAUUGGCGUAGGCAUGUAGCCCAGAAAAGUUAUCAGAAACUCUUAUCAGAACAUCUUAAAAGAAGAAACGAUGCAGCAACUGUUAUUCAAAAACAUUGGAGGAAGUGCGUAGCUCGGAAGAGGUAUCUAGUUCUGCUUACAGCCAUCAAAAAAAGGAGAAACGAAGCUGCUAUCCUGUUGCAAAAACACUGGCGGAGAUUUGCUGCACAAAAAAGUUAUCAGCAGAUGUUAGCAGCAGAAUUGGCUAGAAGACAGAACAUUGCUGCAACCACUCUGCAGAAACAUUGGAAGAGAUUUGCUGCUCAGCGAAGUUAUCAGAAGCAGCUGGCAGCAUUGAAUGAGAGGAAAAACGAAGCUGCAACUACCCUUCAAAAACACUGGAGAAGAUUUGUCAUUCAAAAGAGAUAUUGGAGGUUACUUGCUGAAGAACGAGAGAAAAAGAGAAAUAAUGCUGCUAUUAUCCUACAGAAACACUGGAAGAGAUACGUAGCUCAAAAAAUAUAUCAGGCUCAACUAUUGAUCAUUUUCAAUGCAAGAAACGCAGCUGCAGUCAUUAUACAAAAGAACUGGAGAAGGUACACAGCACAAAGGAGCUACAAACAACAAAUAGCAGUUUUUCGUGCUCUGAGAAACAAAUCAGCAAUCAUAAUUCAAAAACACUGGCGACGGUAUCUCGCUCAAACCCGGUACCAGAGGCAACUAGCUGAAAUUCACGCAACUCGAAGUGCGGCUGCAACUGUGUUACAGAAACACUGGCGAAGAUUUAUUGCAAGAAAAAACUUUAUCCAAUGCCGAACAGCAGUAAGAAAAAUUCAGAAGUGGUGGCGAAAGAUAUUUGUGCCACAGGAACGGCGAAUGUUCUUGCAGGAACGUGCAGCAGCGAUUGUUAUUCAACGUCAUGUGAGAGCAACUAUAGCUGCAAAGAAGGCUCGUCAAGAAUAUAUCAGAUUAAAAGGGGCCACUAUCAUGAUUCAAUCUCGUUUCCGAGCCAAUUGUGCAGCAAAGAAUGACCGCUUGAAGUAUCAGAAUCUUCGUAUGGCAGUAAUAGUCAUUCAGAAUAGAUGGAGAGCCAAUCAGAAAGCAAAAAAAUGUCAACUACUGUACCAAAAAUUGAAAAACUCAGUGUUGUUGAUUCAGAGGAGGUACCGCGCAAAGAAGCUUGCCCAAACAGAGCAUGCAAGAUUCUCAGCCUUGAGAAUUGCCACAGUGUGCGUGCAACGCCAUUAUCGGGCCAAGAAGUUAGCUGAACAGGACCGCAGAAAUUACCUGGAGCUCAAGUAUGCUGCUAGCAUUAUUCAAGCCAAGUUCAGAGCCAACAGAAUGAUGAAAGCUGAAAAGGCUGCUUAUACUCAGCUGAAGGCUGCAGCUGUGAUCUUCCAAGUACAGUUCCGUGCACAGGUAGCCAUGCGCAAAGUGCGGCGUGAAUAUGUGUCCCUGAAAAAUGCAGCACUCAUUUUGCAAACUAGAUUCCGUGCUAGAAAGGCAGCAAAAAUUCAACGCAGUAGGUAUUUAGCUUUAAGAAAUGCGGCUAUCAUUACACAACGAAUCUUCAGAGCAAAUCAUGCUGCAAAAUCAACUCGCUCCAACUACUUGAAACUGAAGACCUCAACUGUUCAUAUCCAGAGACUGUUCCGAGCGAACCAGCUGAUGAGAAAAGCACGGCUAGAAUUUUUAAGGAAAAAAGCUGCAACCAUUAUUAUACAAAGACAUUUCCGGUCGUAUCUAGUAAUGGUCGCAUGUCGAACUCGAUUCCUGGAGCUGAAAUCUGCAGCUGUGGCGAUCCAGCAGCGUUACCGUGCAAAGAAAUCAGCGCAAAUUGCCCGCAAAGAGUUCUGUCAACAACGCAAAGCAGCAGUGAUCAUUCAACAGCACUGGCGAGCGUUCCUGAAAGUUCGUGCUGAACGCAAUGAGUACCUUCAGCUUCGAGCAACGGUUGUUUGGGUGCAGCAGAAAUGGCGAGGGAAGAAACUUGUUGCAAUAGCUCAGAGAGAAUAUCGUUUGAUGGUGGCUCAGAAAGAACAGGUUCUAGCAGAAAAACGCGAGAGGGAAAGAAGUCAUCAGGCUGCGACUAAAAUUCAGGCUUUGUGGCGUGGUUAUUGCGCAAGAAAACAAGUGAAGCUCCCGAAGCUUUCUACCGAAGAAUCUUUGCAGCUACACAACAAUGUAAAUAUGGUGGCACAGAAAAAACAGACGCUCAAGACCCGUUUUGAUGGUGCAAUAUCUGAAGUCUUUUCGAAUGAAACUGAUCUUCAUGGACUCAUCGUAUCCUUCAUUAACUUAGAUACAGUUACGUGUUUAUCGCCAAAGCUUUGUGAUGAACUCGUGGACGGCCAACUUGUUCAAGUUGUGAUCUUCUACCUGCAGUCGGCCAACCGCUCGCAACCUUAUCAAGAACUCAGCAUUGUCUGUAUCCGCACACUGAUGAACUUGACCCGAUACCAUAACACUGCUCCCUCGGUUUGGCAGGAAUUUUUAUCCUGCAAUGGGUUGGAUGUCCUGCUUAAUAUCUUCCGUGCAUACUAUGAGAAGAACGCAGAACUAUUUUGCCAUGCAGUCACACUUCUCUGGCUUUUUGCACAAGAUCCAGAAAAAGCAGCCGUGCUUUUGUCCAAUGACAAGUUGGUAAAAACCUUGAAGUAUGUGUAUGGACCACUCCAGAAGAAAAGUAUGAAAGAGCCCAAAGGAAAAUCACAGCGAAAGGAGAGACCUUUAAAAACUGCUGACUGGGGGCUUACCACUGCUCCUAAAGCGUUCAUCCAUCCGUUCACUGCUCUGUCAUCUGUCUGUCUAAAACUCGGUGUAAAAAUAUAAUUCUUGAAGUAAUCAACAUGUAGUUUUAAAUUUUUAAUCAUUGAUUAUGUUUAUGUACAAAUUGUGUAAAUAUCAUAAUUUUUAUCUGAAUUGCAAUUUUUUUUAAAAAAACUGAUAAUUUUAUCUCCUCAAAUUCUCAGAUACAUAUGUAUACAUGUUGCUUUUUAGCUCUCCGGGAGAUUCUUGUGAAAAAACAGAGUAACUCAGAUUGAAGGUUCGCUAAUUUUGCCCAGAAAUUAAGCAUUGGCAAAAUUGUGGAGCAUCACAGUGUAUGUACCUGACUGUUUUUUUUAACCAUUGAGCUUAUUUCAUUUUUUUCUUAUUUUUUACUGAAUAAUUUAAAGAAUUUUCCUAGAAUUUUACAAUCUAUUUGAAUGUAUAAAAUAUCUCCUGCAGUUGUCAAUUUUUUCUUUUUACAAUUGUUUGAUCAAUCUUUUGAAACCUCAUCGUUUAACGCUUCACUGAAUUUGUAGUGGUAAAAACCUAAAUUAGCUGGGAAAUCAAAUUGUAAAAUAUAGCACUUACUUGCUCAUAGCUUUAUUUUUUGGAACGUAAUUUGAAGCUAAAUUUUAACUCCAUUUUAGCUGUUUUCAGUGAUCCAAAGCACAUUUUGAAAAAUGAAGCUAAGUAUGUAAGAGUGCUAAUAUUUUACUAUUUUAUUUUAUCAAUUCCUUAUAUCUAACCCAGUCAAUUUUUUUUCAUGAUUGGGUUGUGUUUUUUGAAAAGAAAUCAAGUGACAGAAGCUUUCGCCAAAUUUCUUGGGACAAAUUAUGCGGUUUUAAAAGAGAGCAGUUGUAUAAAUUGGUUAGCGAGUUUAAAUUUCUCUGGGGCAUAAAACAUAUUAAUUGAAUAUUUUAAGACUAUUGAUGCAAUUUUUUUGUGAAAAGACAAAUUAUCAAAAUUUGGCAACAGCUGAUGUCACACAAUUCCUUUUGAAAAAACACUGUCUGAAUGUAGCACUUUUCAAAUGAUGUACUUUUUUAGCAUUGGUACAAUCAUUCGAUAGUUUGUACCAUACUCUCUUAGAAACUGAAUGGUUUUAAGCACUUAUGUGUCAGGGAAAUUGAUCUGAGAAUUAAUUACCAAAUUUUUUACCAACAUUGGCGGGGUUAAGUCACCUCUAUUGUUGAACACUGAAUACUUUGCAUAGGUAUUUGUUCCUUUAUUUUUUUUUUUACAAAAAAUUAACACUGCUGCACUGUCCGUUUUUGAACAGAUAGAAGUUUUGCUCCAACUUAUGAUGUUACGUGUCACAGGUUCAAUGCCUGCUCAAAAAAUUUGUAGGUGUUAUAAAAUGUAGUUAGAAUUGAAAUUUUUUAUAGAUAAGCUAAGCUCGACACAUAUUAAUAUUCCCUGCUCAGGGGUGUCGUUCUACAAUUGUCAUUUUUAUUAAUGGUUGAAAUUUUAAAAAGUUGUACCUUACGAUCUCUUCUAUUUUUACUCUGUCAGUUUUUUUUCUCUUUUUCAUAAUGUAUUUUGCUAGGUAUAUACAUGUAAAGUUAUCUUCGGAAUAAAGUACACAAUUUUAAACAUUUUAA